UCAAAACGUCAAACGUCAAAUCAAACAACUUGCUCGGGUUGUGUUUGUGGGAAGGAAAAUCGAAAAUAUUUUUUAUUAAUUACGUAAGGAUACAAAGAAGCUUUAUUUUGCGUAAAUAUGUCCUUCUUCCUCAAACGGACCGCCGGAAUGGCGGGCAAUAUGGGUAGGGUUAUUUUGAAUAAUAUGAAACCAGCUGCCGUGCAGCAAAUUGCGACAAAAACUGAACAAGCAUUACCUUCAGUGGAGACACGACCCACCUUCGCUAAAUUAGAUCCCUUGCAGAAAGCUCAGCUAGUUGACUUCGGAAAAUAUGUCGCCGAUUGUUUACCUAAAUAUGUACAAAAGGUCCAAAUCACCUCUGGCAAUGAACUCGAAGUUCUGAUACCGCCAGAAGGGAUUAUCCCUGUGUUGUCGUUCUUGAAGGACCACCACGGCUCGCAGUUUGUUAAUCUCAUCGAUAUUGCUGGCAUGGACGUACCCACUCGGCAGUUCAGAUUCGAAAUAAUUUACAAUCUUCUUUCUCUGCGCUACAAUUCUAGAAUCAGAGUUAAAACAUACACCGAUGAAUUAUCGCCUUUAGACUCUGCUAAUGACGUUUUUAAGGCGGCCAAUUGGUACGAAAGAGAGAUCUGGGACAUGUAUGGAGUGUUCUUUGCUAAUCAUCCUGAUUUGAGGAGGAUUUUAACAGAUUAUGGUUUUGAGGGACACCCAUUCAGAAAAGACUUCCCGUUGAGUGGUUAUGUGGAGGUGCGUUAUGAUGAUGAGCAGAAGAGGGUAGUAGUGGAGCCUUUAGAGUUGGCACAGGAGUUCCGGCGAUUUGAGCUGAGUGCACCAUGGGAACAGUUCCCUAAUUUCAGGGGCAACCCUGCCGAGGAGGUUGUCAACCCUGGAGAAGACAAACCUAAGAAGGAGUGAAUUCAGACCAUUGUGUAGAUCCUGUAUAUAAGCAAAAUAAAUUAUGUUGAAAUAGUUUAAAACUGUUUUUUUUAUAUGGUCAUCCUUGUAAAGAGUUUUUUAGGUAGUUUUACAUAUAGCAUAUCAAAAUAAUAUUUUUUUUCUUCUUGAGGCCAUAGCCAACUUGGUCUUAUAUGUGUGUGAGGAAAACAACAUACACUAUUUGGGAAAACAGUUUGUGAAAUUUGAACAAUUGAGAAAGUGGAUCAUUCAGGAGGGGUGAAUUGGAACUAGCUUUUGUACAGUAUAUCUUGAAAUUUUGCAUACAUUACAGUACUAACCCUUUAAUGUAUGCAAAAUUUCAAGAAGAUUGGCUAAAUAGAUUAUAUGUGUGAAGAGGCAACACAUUUGAACAAGUGUUUCGAAAAUACUAAGUGUUUCCUAAUACAUGCUCAACUAAAAAAGAGUGAUGAUGUGAUUACAUUUAAUUUUAUCUAUGGUUGAUGCAUGGCACAUUGAGCCAACCUAAGAGGAAAUAUAGUACCCAUUCCUAUGCAAUCUUCUCAAUCUGGGAAGAGUAAAGCAAACACAAGAUGACAAUAAUAAAUCUGUUUAUUGACAGGACUACUUGAAAUAUAUCCAGAGGACUGCAUGUACUACCGGCGGUACCGGUACCGCUUGAAGUGGAACCAGAGCUGGAAUAUGUUGUUGUGGAAGUGGCAACGGAAGCCGCGCUUGUAUGAGUACUCCCACUCGCGGUUCACUAUCUUGAAUGCAAUGUCUUCGUAUGGAGGUCCAGCAUGGAAACGAAGCACAGCAAAGUCUGGAUUUUCUGGACAUGGUUUCUGAAAAUAGUAUAGGGAUUUUGUUUAUUGCAAAAAAAAUAGAAAGGGAAGUAAGAAAAAGAAAGAGUCAAGCCGCGUAUUUAUAUCGCUCUUUCUCGCUCAGUCAAUGUUACCUAUGUGCAACCCGACAGUCAUUCUACCUGAUUUGUAAUGUUGCAAACGUAGAUACUUUACUAUUGAUAAGCCGAAUGGGUCGUUUCCGCACAGACUGAUCGUUUACUAGAUGUAUCAUUUCAAUAUCUACGGUUAUGUGAUGUGUUAUGUUUCUGUAUUGACACAUACCAAUUGACACAUACCAACAUCAUUAUUUGUCUUCCCACAUACAAAUAUAGUCAAAUAAAUAAUAUGUUUAAUUGGAGAGUUGAAAAUUUUAAUAACCUAUUAUAUCUGGAUGUACAUAGUCAUGGAUAUGCUUAUAUAUUAGAUUCAAAUAAAAAUAUAGGUUACGAUUAUUCAACAUUCCUGUUACGAACAGGAAUUGUAACUAAUAAUGGAAUGCGCAUAAUAUUUAAUGAUAUUAAAAAUCUUAUUAAAGAUAUAGAUUACAAUAAUAAUCAACUAGAAAAUAAUACUCCAGAAGAGGAUUCUUCAUUUUUUCGAGACUAAGGCUUUGUACAUUUUACAUCAAAACAUUGCAGGGUUAUUAAAUAAAUCUGAUGAGCUUUGCAUUAUUUUACAAGAACUCAUUGAUAAGAAAAUAGACGUAGACAUCAUUUGCAUAACUGAACAUUUCAUGGAGACUGGAUACGAGACCUUCCUAAACUUACAUAAUUAUAAUUUAGCUGCUUGUUACGGUAGAAAUAAUUCCAAACGAGGAGGAGCGUGUAUUUUAGUGAAGAAAGAGCAUAAGUGGAGAGAAAUAAAUGUUAGAAAAUAUUGUGUUCCUAGUACAUUCGAGUGUUGUGCGGUUGAGUUAAUUGAUUAUAAACUUAAUAUUCUUUGUGUAUAUAGGGUGCCAGAUUAUAAAAAUAUAUAUGAUUUUUUCCAAAAGUUGGAACAAGUCUUAAACGGUAUAUCGAAAUGUAGUCAAAAACAAUUAAUAAUUGCUGGUGACUUUAAUAUUGAUAAUCUGAAAAAUACUAAGGAAAAAAAUGAAUUUGAAUGUAUAUUAAAUAGUUAUGAUUUAAAAUUAGCAUUGAAACAAGUCACUAGACCAGUAAGCCAGACAUGUAUUGAUAAUUUUGCUCAUAAUUUCAAAAAGAAUUGUAUAACGGAAGUGUUAGAUUUCGGUCUGUCAGAUCACACAGCUCAGCUUAUUAAAUUGCCUAUUAUAAAAACUGUAAGAUUUAAGUUUUGGCGUAGAACAGUGCGAGAUUACAGUGUCGAAAAUAUUAAUAAAUUUAUAGACUGUAUAAAACGCUUAAGUUUUUCGGAAAUAUAUAAUACGGUGGACCCCAAUAUUGCGUAUCACAGUUUUGCAGAAGUUUUUAUAUUAUUUUAUGAUUUAUGUUUUCCUAAAAAACGGAUUAUAGUCAAUGUCUAUAGAAAACAAUCUUGGAUUUCCAAAGGAUUAAGAAAUUGUAGUAAAAAGAAAAGAAGUCUUUUGUGGAAGUUUAGAACAAAGCCUACUCUUAAUAAUAAAAUAAAUUACAAAAGAUACACGAAACAGUUUAAAAAAAUUAUUAAAUUGACAAAAUUAAGUCAAAAUAAUUAUAAGAUAAUGACGUCUGAGAACAAAUCAAAAACCACAUGGCAAAUUAUAAAUCAAGCUAGACUAAACAUACCAAAAGAAACAAUAAGUCGAAUUAAAGUUGAUAAUCACUAUAUUACAAAUCCAGAGGAAAUAGCUAAUUCAUUUAAUAAUUAUUUCAUUGACAAAAUCAAACCAGAAAAAAGAAGUCGAGCCAAUACCAUAUCUGCUAUUACCCAUAGACAACAUUCAAUGUUUAUGGCGCCAUGCUCACCAGAGGAAGUUUAUAAAAUUAUAAAAGAACUUAAAAAUACGGAUAGUGUUGGGUAUGAUGGUGUUUCAACCAAAAUACUCAAAGCUGUAAAUGAACAUAUAUGUCAUCAUGUUAGUCACUUAAUAAACCUUAGUAUAGAAGCUGGUGUUUUCCCUCAAGACUUAAAAACUACCAUAAUUAAACCUUUAUUAAAAAAAAAUAACAAAGAACUAAUGCAAUAUUAUCGACCUAUAGCUUUAAAUUCUAUAUUUUCAAAGGUUUAUGAAAAACAUUUUUCCAACCAAUUAAACGUCUAUUUUGAAGAUAAAAAAAUUUUGUGUAAUGAACAAAAGGGGUUUCGUCGUAAUAAAAAUAUAAAUAUGGCCAUCUAUGAUUUUUUGAAAAUUGUAUUAACUGAAGUUAACAUCAGAAAACCCAUAUGCUCUAUAUAUUGUGAUAUGACACAAGCUUUUGACUAUGUUCAACAUGACAUACUAUUACACAAGUUAGAAGCGUACGGAAUUAGGGGUAAUGUGUUAAAUUUAAUAAAAUCAUAUUUAUCUAAUCGUAAACAGUUAACAGAAAUUUCAAAAUUCAAUCCUAAAACACAAUCGGAACAACAUUACUUAUCAACUGAACGUUCUGUAUUAUAUGGUGUUCCACAAGGUAGUGUGCUUGGGCCCCUUCUUUUCAUAAUAUAUAUUAACGAUCUUCCAAACACUACCAAACAUAAUAUGACUUUAUUUGCGGACGAUAGCACGGUAACAAUAAAAUGUAAUGAUGUAAAUAUUUAUCAAUUAGAUAUUAAUGCAACUUUAACAUCCAUAAUUGAAUGGCUUGAUAAUAAUAAUUUAAAGAUAAAUCUUGACAAAACCAAUAUAAUGCAUUUUAGUCAAAGACCGCUUGAUACGGAAAAUUAUAAAAUAGAAUAUCAAGGCCAUGUGUUGAAAGAAGUUGAUUCAACAAAAUUUCUAGGGCUAACUAUAGAUUCUAAAUUAAACUGGAAACCCCAUAUAGAUGGUCUUAGUAAAAGACUUAGUAGUUCGGCGUUUGUACUAUUUAAACUCUCAAAUGAAUUAAACAUAAAAGCGCUUCUUACAGCUUAUCAUGGUUUAGUGGAAUCAAUACUUAGAUAUGGAAUAAUUUUUUGGGGCAAUUCGACGGAUAAGGAUAUAGCUUUUAAAAUGCAAAAACGCUGUAUUCGCGCAAUGUUUAGACUCCAAAGCACUGAUAGUUGUCAGCCGUUUUUUAAAGAACACAAAAUUCUUACACUUCCGUCACUUUACAUACUUGAGGUAGCAACAUUUGUGAAAACCAAUGCUCAUUUAUUCCCUCGUCUAGCUGAUGUUGUAUUGAGGAAUCAUCGAGAUAUCUAUCGAUUAUGCAUGCACCCAUCAAAAACUGCUUUACUCGGUAAUAGCAUAGUAUGUAUGGCACCGAAAAUUUACAACAAAAUUCCAAAUCAAUAUAAAAGCUUAAAUUUAAAUCUAUUUAAAAAGCACCUCAAGUCUUUAUUAACUGAUAAAUGUUAUUAUACUUUAAAUGAUUUCUUUAAUGAUAGACUCGGAUAGAAUUUAGGGCUAGUAUAGUACAUUAUAGUUCAUUAUAGUUUGUUUUGGAUUUGUAGUGGAUAGCAUGCUCCUCUUUAUUUAAUUAUAUUUGCAUACCUGUAUUCGGUAAAACGUGUAGGUCUAAUUCAUUUUGACCAUUUGUACUCAUGUUUUUGGCAAAUAAAUGUUUUCUUUCUUU